CCCAACCCGCCUACCGACUGGGUGAGAGACCUGCCCCCUAGUGUCCACCACAGCGUUAUCGUUUCCGUUGUUAAACCAAAUAACUCUUGUGUUGCCACAUAAAGUAUGAACGAGCGGAGCCCCAUCAAUAUCAACACCUUUAUUUUUCAUUUUACAGCAAAAAGAAUAUCAAACGGGUGAGAUCGACUGUUGCAUCAUGCCUCAUUCACGGUUAACAACCCCUGUCUGUUAACAACCCCCUGGUUUGAUCGCAUUCGUUUGGAAUGCAGUGAAAUUACGUCAGCUGCUGGCCACAAAAUGAAUAGCGGUGGUGAUGCAAAAUGAGCCGCAGAAAGCGAAGAACGACAGCUUUCAGCCAUGGACCUCCUGCAGAGGCCGACAACAAGCCCCGUGUCAGGAAGCACAACAUCUGCAUGGUGUCUGACUUCUUCUAUCCUAACAUGGGAGGAGUGGAAAGUCACAUUUACCUCCUGUCCCAGUGUCUGAUUGAGAAGGGACACAAGGUGGUCAUUGUCACGCACGCCUACGACCACAGGAAGGGCGUCAGGUACCUGACCAAUGGACUGAAGGUCUACUACCUACCCCUGCAGGUGAUGUACAACCAGUCCACCACCACCACCUUCUUCCAUAGUCUCCCGCUUCUGCGCUGUGUGUUUGUCAGGGAGCGCAUCACUGUGGUGCACGCUCACAGCUCCUUCUCCGCUAUGGCCCACGAUGCAUUAUUCCAUGCUAAGACCAUGGGCCUUAACACGGUGUUCACCGACCACUCGCUCUUUGGCUUUGCUGACAUCAGCUCUGUGCUGACCAACAAACUCCUGACGGUGUCGCUGUGCGAUACCAACCACAUCGUUUGUGUCUCCUACACCAGCAAAGAAAACACUGUACUACGUGCGGCUCUCGACCCGGAGAUUGUGUCCGUCAUUCCCAAUGCAGUUGACCACACCGACUUCACCCCGGAUCCCUCCCAGCGCCUUGAUGACAGGAUAACCAUUGUCGUGGUCAGCCGCCUGGUCUACCGCAAAGGCACUGAUCUUCUCGGUGGGAUCAUUCCAGAGCUCUGUCUUAAGCAUCCAGAUCUCCAUUUCCUCAUUGGUGGAGAAGGGCCGAAGAGGCUAGUGCUGGAGGAAGUGAGAGAGAAAUACCAGCUUCAUGACAGGGUGCGUCUGUUGGGGCCCCUGGAGCACAAGGAUGUCAGAGGAGUUCUGGUCCAGGGCCACAUCUUCCUCAAUACGUCACUAACUGAAGCUUUCUGCAUGGCCAUCGUGGAGGGAGCCAGUUGUGGACUGCAGGUGGUUAGCACUCGUGUAGGCGGCAUCCCAGAGGUGCUACCUGAGGACUUGAUCACGCUCUGCGAGCCAACAGUCCGCUCGCUCUGUGCCGGUUUGGAGACGGCCAUUGCACGGCAGCGUUCCGGGUCAGUCCCCUGCUCCGCUUCCAUCCACGCACAGGUGCAACACCUCUACACCUGGAGAAACGUGGCAGAGAGGACUGAAAAGGUGUAUGACCGAGUGUGCGGCGAGGAGGUGCUUCCCCUAGACAGACGCCUUCAGAGGCUGAGGUCCCACUGCGGACCGGUGGCCGGCUCCAUCUUUGCCUUCGUGGCAGUUCUGGACUUCCUGUUCCUGUUGCUCCUCCAGUGGUUGGUACCCGAUAGAGUCAUGGACUUAGCUGUGAACGCCACCGGUCCUCUAGGACUAUGGAGACAAGAACCAAGCAAGUGGCGUAAAGAUGAAGGUCUGUCAAAAGUUGCCUCAAGUAAGCAGCAGCAUCCUGCAUGAAGACUGACACUAUUGGCUCUUUAUUCCAGAAAUCCUAUCCAGAUGAACCAAUCCGAUAGGGCCGUCUGUUCAAUAUUUUCAUUCUACUUGAGAUUUCAAGUAAAGAGUAAUUUUUCAUGCAUUUGUUCCUGGACUGCACAAAAUCAAUCAAUAACUUUCACUUAACUCUGAGAUUACGUAGAUUCGUCAAACAGCGCAUAUAAAAUGGAAACACACCCUUGUGCAUUUUUUAUGACUUAAAGAAGAGAUUUAAAACACUUUUUCAAAAAAUAUACAAAAAAAACUAAAAAAUCAUUUUCCAUAUGUUUCCCCUAAGCCAAUGGUGUCCAAACUUCCUACACAGAGGGCCACUUACAGAAAAACAAAAAUCCAAAUUCACAUGAUAUUGUUCACCUUUUGCUUACUUCAUUACAUGCUAAAACCAAUGCUGUAGAGGAGUGUUAAGUUUAACUUGAGGAAAUUCAGCCCACAUCUCGGCUUUGUGUUACAGGUGACACUGCAUCUAAUUUUUAAUUGUUUAAAUGUUAAUUUUGUGCCUAGAAUAUGCCUCGGGACAAAUACAAGCUUCAUGCUGCAAAUGAACCUCAGGGCAUACGUUGGACAACCCCACCCCAACGGAUUUAUUUUAUUUUAUCACAUUUUUUAUGAUUAUUCAUAAUGGGUUUUUUUCACAGCAAAAACAUGAUAUUUUGUUCGAGUUGCUUUAUAUUUCCACUGUAAACAUUGGAGUAGCUAUUUUUAUUUAUUUCCAACGUCAGCGGGACUUAAGUCAUACUGCUUUUAAAGAAAGCUUGUUGAAAAUCAUGGACAUACAGUGUUACCUCUAUUUUCGUUGUGACGUUUUUGAUCGUAUAAAUCGUACGGUUCGUCCAAAAACCGAAGCAAUUUUUCCCAUAAGAAAUAAUGUAAAUCCUUCUAAAUUCAAUAAUGUCUAUCACCUUCUUUAACAAAUUGUUGACACUCGCAACUUUCUUUGGCCCCAUCCAUCCGUUUUCUAUGCUGCUUAUCCUCACAGGAGUAUCCCUGAGCCUAUGCCAGCUUACUUUGGGCGAGAGGCGGGGUACACCCUGGACCGGUCGUCAGCCAAUCACAGGGCACAUAUAGACAACUAUUCACUUACAUUCAUAUCUAUGGACAAUUUGGAGGUACGAAUGAACCUAACAUGCAUUCUUUGGCCCCAUGGCGGGUAAUUUUGCAAUAUUGAAUCUCAAUAUAAAAUCCACAGACGCUGACAAGGCAACACAUGGGGGUGUUUGUUCAGGCAAUCAAUUCCACAAAAUGAUACCAUACAGGCAUUGAAUACAAUGUAUGAUAACCGCGAUGGUUCACGCAAACCGGGGCAAAAUAUUUCAGAAAAGGACGAAAACAGAAUCAUUUGAAAACUGUGUUGUUCGAAAAUCUAGGCUUGACUGUAUUUAUGCAUUGUGCACAAGAUGUGGCGUACAGUGCAUGGAGCACUUUUCAGGGAUCCUUCGAAUUCUUCGGAAAAUUAGAUUUCAUCAUUAGCUUUUCUGUAUUUUCUCUGAGCGACAGUUCCAAGCCUACUUUGCACAUUUACUGUUAAAAGAUUCAUCUACAGUCAUGGAUUUCUCGGGUAUUUCGUUUGGGAAUGAUUAUUAUUUUGCAAUUUUUAUGAGAGGUCUUUUUUGUGUUUCUCUGAUAACUCUGUCUGUGACUUACUGUACUUCCUAAUGUGUUAUUUUCGUGAUUUUAAAAAAUCCUCUUUGUUUCCCCGAGGACUGGUUAGCCAAGUUUAUCCGGUUAUUUGUCCAACCCCCGCAUCCUUGCUUUUACAGACAUCUCAGAGGAAGAUAGAAGUGCCAGACAAAACAGUCUAUGGAAAUGUGGCACCUAUUCAAGGCUAGUGGCACCCCGUGAUUAGCUUGUCUGGAUCCAAGUUUGUUUUUUCUUUUUUAAACACACACUCCACUGAAAAAUGUGUCAUUAAAUAAAUUGGAGUCUUUAUACA